AUGGUACUGAAGGAUUCGAUGUUUGGAAAGAUGUUACACGAUGCCUGGCAGGCGGCCUUGAGACCCAAAAUCCAAGGAUCUUGGAAUCUUCAUGAAAUCUUGCCUGCAGAACUUGGAUUUUUCAUCAUGCUCUCUUCGCUCAACGGGGUCAUGGGAGUAAAUAGUCAAGCAAACUAUGCAACAGGGGGUACCCUCCAGGACGCACCAGCCCAAUACCUUGUUUCAAUUGGGCUACCUGCAACAAGUCUCGAUCUUGGAGCCGUCAAUUCUAUUGGGUUUGUAGCCGAGGGUUCGGAAUAUGCACGACACACCACAGCCGGACUGGAACAGCUGCAGGAAAAUGAAAUCCAUUAUCUUUUGGAUUACAUUUUACAUAUGCAAGCGCGAGGUAGCUCCGGAAUUGCUGAACAGGCCUGUCAGUUCACUGCCGGGUUCAGUUCGGAGGCCAUGUACCUCGACGAGGGCGUUCCAGUCCCCGCAUUCCUGCAAUUUCCAUUGUUCACUCAUCUCCGUCUCCCCACCACUGCUCAGAAUAAUCGAGUGUUUGAUGUUCGGAAAUUAAUCCAAGCAAGCAAGUCGCUAGAAUAA